UCCUUGCUCUCUGCUUCGUCGGUGGACGCCAUGAGCUGCGUCACCCUGCCCACGGUGCUGCCCGGCUCCCCCAGCAAGAUCCGCGGGCAGAUCCAGGUGAUUCUGGGGCCCAUGUUCUCAGGAAAGAGCACCGAGCUGAUGAGACGCGUCCGGCGCUUCCAGAUCGCCCAGCACAAGUGCCUGGUCAUCAAGUAUGCCAAAGACACCCGCUACAGCAGCAACUUCUCCACCCAUGACAGGAAUACCAUGGAGGCGCUGCCGGCCUGCCAGCUCCGUGAUGUGGUCCAGGAGGCCAUGGGCGUGGCCGUUGUGGGCAUCGACGAAGGGCAGUUUUUCCCUGACAUCGUGGAGUUCUGCGAGACCAUGGCCAACAAUGGGAAGACAGUGAUCGUAGCGGCCCUGGACGGGACCUUUCAGAGGAAGGCUUUCGGUAGCAUCUUGAACCUGGUGCCCCUGGCGGAGAGCGUGGUGAAGCUGACGGCCGUGUGCAUGGAGUGCUUCCGGGAAGCCUCCUACACCAAGAGGCUGGGCCUGGAGAAGGAGGUGGAGGUGAUUGGCGGAGCCGACAAGUACCACUCCGUGUGCCGCCUCUGCUACUUCAAGAAGUCCCCGUCCCGGCCGGCGGGGCCUGCGGGGCUGGACAACAAAGAGAACCGGCCGGCGCUGGGGAGGCCGGGGGAGGCCGUCAGGAAGCUCUUCGCCCCUCAGCAGGCCCUGCAGUGCGGCUCUGUGCACUGAGGGGCCUCGGGUCUCCCGCCGUCCCCACCUCCUCCCCGGCGGCCUCCGGGAAGCAGGCCCAGGCUCCGGUGGGGCUGCCGCCUGGGAGGAACACUGGCAUGGGACAUGCCCUCCGGGGGCCUGGUUGCCUGUGACCUCCUCCUGGAUGCCACUUGCCCUCCUGGCUACUGAGCU